CACUACAAAUUCACCCGUCCCGCUUCACUUCUUCAACAUACCAGUUUCCUCGCCUUUUCGCUCCCAUUAAUAUCUCUCGUUCUUCCUCUUAUCUUCUCUUUCAUCCACCCAUUCGAAAGUCUCAAAGAUCUCAUCUUUUCUCCACCCACUUUUUUCUGCUUCACAGAGCAGAGCACUCUGUUUCCCAUUUUCCACUCCAACUCCUGCGUUGAAGCCUCGAGGUGUUCUUUCCGGUUCUUUCUCAAUUACUACAAGCAAAUCGUGGGAUUUUAAUAUUUCAGAUUCAAAUUUUGUAAAUCCAUUUCAUGGCUGCAAUAGUGUGCCGCGGGUUGCAGUCAUAUAAUUUCGAGUCUCAGCUCGUCGAGUCAAGAACCAGUACAACAUUUAGGCUUACCUUGCCUUUAUCAAAAUCUCUUCCCCCUCCUAGUCCUCCUCAACCCAAGGAUCUAACCUUCAAAUCCAAAACCCGUUAUUCUGAAGAAAUCAGCGGCAAAACUGAUACCGGUGGGUGGAGCUUUCUUCAAGCUCUUUCCGAUGUCCGCCAUGACGGCCUCAAAGAACUAUCUGAGAAGGAAAGCAUCUACGUCCAUCCUCAAACCAAGCGCUCUUCAUUGAUACUGAGCGAGAGAAGUCUCCAACUUUGCACCGAGAAUCUGGGAAACGAGACGGGUACUGACAUUGUGGGGAAGAGCAUUGACUUGCUGUGUUCAUCGUCGGAGAACGGCAGUGCCGGAGAUUGUCCGACAAGGGAGCAAACAAGGGCGGUGCGUCCUGUUUUGGAAGGUAAGAAAGAGAGAGCACAGAAUUUCCCACCUCCUUUGACGACCAUUAGGGGUUCGGAAUCUCUACGCGUAAGGCCCCACCGCGAAGAAGGACGACUGGUGAUCGAGGCGGUGAGGGUCACAUCAAGUGCUUCGUGUUUCAAAGCGGAGAGAAGCCAUGGCCGCCUUCGCCUCUGCCUUUUGAAAAAUCAGAGCACAAGGUUUGACUACGAAGAUGGUGACACGGACGAAACAGAGGAGAUCGAAAGCGAAGUGGAGGAGGAGGAGGAGGAUGACGAAGAUGAAGAAUAUGAAGAAUUAAGAGUGGAAAUGUGCGAGAGGCCGAUUAGGUGCAAAGAAUUGUUAAGUUAUUAAAUUGAGAAUGGGAGCCCCUCUGGGUGACUCCGUACUUCUUAAAGCUGUGUUUUGGAACUCUAUUUGAUAAAAAUAAAAAUAUUUUUAAUCUUUU